AUGAUUGCUUCGAUGGAGGUGCUGGUGGAGAACAGAAGGGCCUGUUCCAUCUCUGACCAUAACCCAUACUUCUUUUCCCGCCCGGGCGCAGACACCCACAUCAGGGGAUCAGACUCCCUACGCCAGGUAGCCAAAGAAUGUGGUGCGGUGCAUCCAGAGAUGCUAUCCUCAACCAAACUUAGAAAGCACAUAGCUACUAUGUCUACAGUUCUCAAUAUGAAAGAGAAUGAGAUGGACAUACUUGCCAACUUCCUCGGCCAUGACAUUCGCAUCCACAGGCAAUAUUACAGACUACCAGAGGGGACACUGGAGCUGGCCAAAAUCAGCAAAGUGUUGAUGGCCAUGGAGCAGGGAAGAGUGACGGAAUUCGAAGGAAAGAGCCUCGACCAGAUACAAAUUGAGCCUGAAGGGAGAGCAGUAGAGAUCCUCUCACAAACGGACGGGCUAAAAGAAACUUCAAGCGGAGAACCUUCAACCAUUCAUCCAGAUGCACCCCAUGGUAGUGGCAGUGCCCCUUCUGAACGUGUAAGAAAGCCAUGGUCUGCAUCUGAGGUGAAGGCUGUGGAGAAGACCAUGACACCUUUCAUACAGACUGGAAAGAGUGAGAAAUUACGUUUUAAGAAGAACGAGGAAAUGAACGUGUGUCGUGACGUGUUUGCUGUGGAUCCAUCACGUUCUGGGUUUGGAAGCAGCCAGUGA